CUCGCAUUGUUCUACGCCCGCUCAGAACUCGAAAACUACAUAAGAUUGAGGUUACAUUUGAGGUUACACAGUUACAGUAUUGAGUAUAGUAGGUACGCGUUUUCGGAUUUUUUUAUUUCGGUUUUCAAUAAUAUCAAUAUCACUGUACCUACACCGCGACGCCGUUGAACUCGACAAAGCCUUACCCGCAACCGUCACACAAGCACAAUUUUUUGUUUCGUGGUCGCUUGGUCGCUGUUGUCACUAAUUGUCAGUUGUCGCUCACCGUAUACAGACUCUCGUCUCGUACCGCCGUCAACGGAACGCUGAGAAUCGCUGCUCCUACGUCCCACGCCGACACAACUGCCGCGACAUACCACGUACCGCCCGGAACGCGACCAUAGUUUUAGGCACGUCAGUAAAAUAAAUGGAUACCAUUCAGACAUUAACUUGUGAAUAUAAUCUAAAGGAAGUGCUGAAAUCAAAUGAAUGUGAACCAACUAAUUUUAGAAAUGACUCUCACUCUGUAAGAAUUCUAGAAGAUUUACAAUAUCUACGCAAAAAGGAAGUUUUAUGUGAUAUUAGAUUUAAAGCAGAUGAUGGUAAAAUUGUAAUUGGACACAAAAUUGUUUUAAUAGCUGCUAGUCCAUAUUUCCGUGCAAUGUUUAGUAAUUUUGAUGAGAGCAAUAAAAAUCUUGUUACUAUAAGAGAAUUAGAUUCCACCAUUUUACAGCUAUUAAUAGAUUAUAUUUAUACUGGAGAAAUUAUGAUCACAAAAGAAAAUGUGCAGGGGUUGUUACAAGCUGCAAAUAUCUUACAGCUAUAUUUUGUAAAAAGUGUAUGUGCUGAGUUUUUACAAAAACAACUGGAUCCAUCAAAUUGUAUUGAUAUCAAAACAUUUGCUGAUUUACAUGACUGUACGGAAUUGUUUUCGAGUUCUGAAGCAUAUAUUAAACAAAAUUUUUUAGAAGUAGCUAAAGACGAACAUUUUCUAUCUUUAUCUUCUGAAGAUUUGGUGAAGCUUAUAUCCUCAAGUGACCUUGCCGUUCCAUUUGAAGAAAAAGUAUUUGAAUGUGUUAUCAAAUGGGUAAAACAUGAUUCAGAUCAUAGAAUAGAUUUUUUGCCAAAAUUAAUGGAACAUGUACGUUUGCCAUUAUUAAAGCCUGAUAUAUUGUUUAAUAUAUAUGAAGAACCUCUUCUAAACACUAGUCUUAAAUGUAAUAAUUAUUUAGUUGAAGCCUUACGUUUUAAUCAUCAAAAAUCAGUUCAGCAUUUCACCAUUCCACAGUCAAUAAGAUGUACACCUAGACGGUUUGAUGGUUUUCAAAAAGUUAUUCUAAUGUUCAAUCUUUCGUUAGAAUCGCCUAAGUGUUAUACAGAAUGGUAUGAUCCAGCAACCAAACUACGUGAGAAAGCACCAGGGUUAAAUGAUGAUCUUGUAUCAGCUGGUCUUGGUGUAAUAAGAGAUAAAUUUGUGUUUGUUGUGGGAGGUGUAAAUAGAUCAAGUUCAAAAUCUGUUAGUAUUCUUGAUGUAUCUUCACAAACGCCCUCUUGGGUUCCAAUGGCCGACAUGAUAGUUAAAAGACAACGUAUGGGAGUUGGUGUAUUAGAUGAUUGUAUAUAUGCAGUAGGCGGAGUAGAUGGAAAUAUUUCUUUAAGUAGUGUAGAGGUAUUUGAUGUCAGUACCCAAAAAUGGAGAAUGGUGUCUAGUAUGACAAUUGAGAGAAAUAGACUGGGCGUUGGUGUACUCAACAAUCGUCUAUACGCGGUUGGAGGUUGGAGUGGUGAUACACAUUUAAGAUCUGUGGAAUAUUAUGAUCCCACACUUGACACAUGGACACCAGUUGCAAACAUGUUUGAAUGUCGUCAAGGUGCUGGUGUAGGUGUCUUGGACAAUCUUAUGUAUGUUAUUGGUGGCUAUGGUGAUGGAAAGUAUCUUAAAAGUGUUGAGGUUUAUAGACCAAGUGAUGGAGUUUGGUCUUCUAUAUCUGAUAUGAAUUUAUGCCGAUUUUUACCUGGAGUAGCUGUGUUAGAUGGUUUAUUGUAUGUUUUUGGCGGAGAAAAAGAAUCAUCUGUUUUAGAUGCUGUCGAAAUUUACAACCCCAACACCAAUACUUGGUCCAUGGACAAAUUGUCCAUAAUUGGAGACAAUAUUUAUGGUGGAGUAGUUGUUGAUAGACCACAUCAUUAUCAUUAAUAAGUUUACGGAAGAACUCAUUGUUUGUAGUAAUAUGAACAUAAUUUUGUAUAAAUUAGAUGAAACAUGUACUGUUUCAUAUAUUUUUGUUUUUUUUAAUAUUUGACAAGAAUGUUUUUGUAAUUUAUACUUAUUUAAAUAAAAUAAUUAAGCUAUAAAGUGAAUUAUGUUGCAGUAUAUCAGUAAAAUUGUUUUUAUAACUAA